UGACUGAUCUCAUCACUUGCCUUUUGCAGUAAAGUCUUCCCCACUCCACUCCUUCCUACUCUGCUUCACUUCUCUCUAUUCGACAACCUAUAUAUAAUUCGUCUCACUCUCUCUCGUCUCUCACUCUCUCUCUUCUGUCUCUGUAUGUAUAUAUAAAAAUCUAGUGUUUCUAACUGUAGAUCCAGUCCAAGCUUUUAGGUGAAACGAGGUAUCCGGAGGGGAAGGGGAAAGGGAAGGCCCUCAUCGGUUGCAGCAAUGGCUCCACUCAUGUACUUGAGUUUCGGAAAGGUACUCCUGCUUUCCUCUGCUGUUUUCUUCCUCUUUCCUACUCUCCUCCUUUCUGCCCGCUCUGAGUCAGUUGAGACCUCACGGUUUGUUGCGAGUACAAGGAAGAUCUUGCUAGAAUUAGAAAUCGACCCAGGCCAAGACCUGCCCAAAAAGAUCAAGUCCACCACCACCAACCAAUCCUCAAAAAACCAGACCAAAUUGAUCAAACCAACCUCGUCAUCCUCAAAAAACCAGACCAAACUCCUCAAACCCAGUCUAUCCUCCUCCAAGAACCAAACCAGACUCCUCGAACCCAAUCUAUCCUCCCCCAAGAACCAAACCAAGAUUUUGAAAUCCACCAAGUCCAACUCCACCAAGAAUGGCGAGUUGAAGAAGCUCAAUCCCACAUCAAAACCCUCAAAUUCCACCACACCCACAUCAAAUUCCUCGAAGAAAACCUCAGAUCUAACUAAAAUAAGCUUACCCAAGAACCAAACCACCAAACCCACCACCCCGAAACAAUCCCAAAACCUGGUCGACAAGAAAAAAACCACCGACGCUAAAAUACCAGCCCAACAAAAACCCAAAAAACCAGUCGAACCCAGCUGGAUCGACCAAGAAGACGACACCGAUUUCGUCUCCGACUUCACCGACUUACCCGGCAAAUUCCAGCAAACCCUAAUCCCAGAUUUGGAGAGAAUUCGGACCACCUCGAAGAUUUACCUCACCAAAGCCAACAAACAAAUGACGAACCAGUUCAAGCCCAUUGUCGGUAAGAAGUACGCCGCCACCAUCGCCUCCACGGUGUCGUGCGUCUUCCUGAUUAUCCCUCUGCUGUUAGUAUCUCUCCUCUUCAACCGCAUCAAAGCCUACUUCUCUCUCCAAAAGCUCUUGAUCUUCAUUCAAGUCUACCUCUCCAUCUACUUCUCCAUCCUCUGCCUCUCAGCUCUUGUCACCGGCCUCGAACCUCUCAAGUUUUUCUACGCCACUUCGGACUCCACCUACGUCUGCCUGCAGGUGCUGCAGACGCUCGGCUACGUGCUGUACCUCCUGCUGCUGCUCAUGUACUUGAUUCUGGUUUUCUCGACCGAUUCUGGGUUGGGCUCGAAGGUGUUGGGCUUGGCCCAGACCUUCGUGGGCUUCUCCGUUGGGCUCCAUUACUACAUGUCGGUGUUUCACAGAGCGGUGCUGAGGCAGCCACCCAAGACCAACUGGAAGGUGCAUGGACUUUACGCCACGUGUUUCCUUGUGAUUUGUCUGUUUGCCACCGCCGAGAGGAGGAAGAAGGCUUACUUGGAAGAGGGCGGUGAAGAGGGCAAGGAGAGUUAAUAUUUUUGGUGCUGAUUUCUGUGGGGUCCAAAAUGGUUAAAACAACCAAUCAAAUUCUUGGUAAACAAAAUCAAAAUAAUAAACCAAUUAAAUUGGUUCAAGAUAUUGUAGUUUGUAACUUUUGUAAUUUUAUUUUAUUUUGUUUUUAGAUUUGCUUGUGGUUAGGGAGAAUUUAUUAUUUAUUCAAACAUAAUCUCAAAUGGCAUGAAAUGAUAGAAUAUGCAAGUGGGAUAAAUUGUUAUAUAUUUGUUAUAUUGCUGUCUUUUAAUCUGUAUCUAAUUCAUGCAUGUAUUAAAAUUAUUCUAAAGGUCACUUACUACUCUGAUUAAGCAGUGUUUUCUUUCGCAUGUAAUUAAGAGGUUUUACAUGGAAUUAAAUUGUUGUAA